AUGUCCCAGGAGCUGCUGGAGCCAAGGGGGGCCGGGGACCCCGGCUGGGUCUGGGUGGCGACAGCCCCGCGGUGCCGGUGUUUUGCAGGUGACAGUGAGGAUCCGGAGGAGGGGUCCCCGGCAGAGGAGGAGCGCUGGCACCCGCGGCAGGACCCGGCUGAGGAGCGGGGCAGCUCCGGGGGGGAUGAGGGGCCCUGGGGGGCAGAGAGCGAUGGGGAGCCCUACCCUGAGCUGUCCUCUGGGGGCCGCUGGGGCUCGGGCUCUAGCGGCAGCCCCGAGGCGGUGAGGGACGGCCGGGCUCUCUGCCAGCCCCGGGGCUGCAGCACGGACUGGGGGGACACCUCAGGGCUCUCGGACACCAGCCCUGGCCCUGGCACCCCGUCCCGCCAGCACCGCGGCUGGGGCACGGCCGGGGACACCAUCGGGGGGCACAGGCAGGAGUGGAGCCCGAGACGGAGCCUCCCCCUGCAGCUGUCCACCGAUGGCCCCAGCCCCGAGCGUGUCCCCGAGCCCCAGGCAGCUGGCACAGGGAUGCCAGCCCCUGGCACCGCUGGCUUGGCACCCGCCGGGCAGCCCCAGGGCACCGGGAAUGCCCCGGCGCCCCAAGGGCACGGCAGAUCCCGAGUGCCCAAGAAAGCAGCGCCCGCGGUGGUGCCCCCCAAGCCCGCCCGGCAGUCGCGGUCCCUGAGCCCACGGAGGCGAACGGGUGCCAAGGGGACGAGGGAUCCCUCGGGAACGGGUACCGAGGGCACCCAGUACGGCCGAGGGCGCCUCAACCACCCUCUGCCCGACCUCUCCAAGGUGGAGGCGAGGGUGAAGUUCGACCAGAGCUACCGCCCGCCCCGGGGCCGGGUGCUGCCCGCCCGGCCCCGCGGUCCCGGCGGCCCCAUCGGCUUCAAAUCCCCGGCCGAAAUCGUCCGGGAGGUGCUGCUGAGCAGCGGGGAGGGGGUGUCCCCGCAGCCCCCCAGCACGGCCGGGCUGCCGCAGGAGCUCAGGUCGCCCAGACAAGCCACGGCGCUGGUGCAGCAGCUCCAGGACGACUACCACAAGCUGCUGACCAAGUACGCCGAGGCUGAGAACACCAUCGACCAGCUGCGCCUGGGCGCCAGGGUGAGCCUGUUCUCCGACCCGCCGCAGCCCAGCCGCAGCCUCGCUGUGGGCACCGUGGCCACCGGGAGCCGCGUGAUGACCCUGAGCAUGCCGCAGGCGCGGACAGCGGCUCUCGGCAUGGCCACAGCCCCGGCCUCGCCAGGUACAGCUGCAGCCCCGGGACCGUCAGAGCGGGGGGGUUCACCCCAACCUCGGUCCCCUCCUGUGUCCGGGGGGGGCUGCCCCACCUGCCCCGGGCCGUGCUGCUGCCCCGGCUCCCGGCUCACCCAGGCCUUGGCGGGGCAGAGCCGCAGGCUGCAGGCACAGGUGGAAUCCUUCGAAAGCUGGGUGCGUGCAGGGACCCCCACACCCUCGGAACAGCUCCAGAGGAUGAGGAUGCUGAAGGACGCGCAGGAUGCGCUGGAGCGGGAAUACCUGCGGGGCCGGCAGCAGCUCCCGGCGGCUGCGGGGGGGUUUGAUCCUGACCGGGCGGUGGAAGGGGAGAUUUACCGCCUGGGGCUGCGCCUGGAGGGGCUGAAGGAGCGGCUGGAGCCGGGGGGCAGGCGGCAGCCCCUCCCUCAGCCUCUCCCGCAGCGCCCCCCGCAGCCCCGCUGCCCCCCAGCCCCGUCCCCACCACCAGCCGCCCACUCCCCGCACCCUGAGAGCCCUGCGCUUGUGGAGGGUCCUCGAGGAACAGCAGGGGACAGCGAGGGGGUGGCAGGGGGGCUGCCCUGGCCCCUCUGGCACAAACAGUGUCAAGUGGAGGAGGAUUUCGGGGACCUGCUGGAGCAGUACAAGCACUUCAAGUCCUUGCCGGAGUCGCUGAGCCUGGAGCAGCUGAGCCUGGCGGGGAGCAGGUCCCAGGAGGAGGUGGAUGCACUCACGGCAGGGGACAGUGGCCUCAGCAAGGUCCCCUGCAGGACACGGUCACUGGAGGAGGGGCCCAACCUCGAGCCCUUGCCCUUGCACCUCCCGCAGAGAAGAGCUGCGACACUUCCCCCCAGAGGACCCCCAAACCUGGAGGAGAUGCGGGGCCACCCCUCCCCUGCCACUGCUGAGGAGCCGCCAGCCUCUGCCAAGCCCCCCCUGGAGGUCCCUGGGCCACCACGGGUGCCCCUGUCCCUCCGUGGGACAGGCAGCACUGCCACCCAGCACGGGCCCCGCACGGAGCAGCGCAUCGUGUCCCCAGAGACCGACAGCGGCUUCGUGGGCUCGGAGGCCAGCAGGGUGUCACCCCCCGUGCACACCCCCGAGCACCCUCCCGCUGGCCCAGGGACUCCGGGCUCGCUGGGACCUUCCGUCCCCAUCCCCAGCAGCCUCCGUACCCCACGGAAGAGAGAGGCGACCCCACUUCCCUCCAAGACAGCACUGAUGGGCAUCUUCCCCCCGGGGGGCACAGGGGGGCCCCGGCUGCCCCCCAGCAGCCCCUCUCAGAGCAGCUCCCCCCCUCGCUGGGCUGAGAGCGCGGGCAGCGAGGUGGGGCCGGACCCCGACGGUGAUGGCACUCGCACGGACUCGGAGGUGGGAGACAGGAGCUGUGCCAGCGCCGGUGGCCACCCCCCAGCCAUGGCCAGGAGCCCAACCAGCCCCCUGCCAUCCCCCGAAACGCCAUCCCCCACCCUCCUGUCCCCCGACCUGCCGUCCCUCGACCCGGCUCCCUGUGACCUGCUGGGCUCCCGUCUGGAGCGCGACCAGGCCAUCCGGGCGCUGCAGGACGAGGUGUGGCGGCUGCGGCUGCGGCUGGAGGAGAGCCUGCUCCGCUCCCGCAGCUAUCCCGAGGGAAAAGCCACUCCCCGCGUCACCCCGGCCAGGAGGCAGCCGGUGGCCAGCGGACCAUCGACCCCGCAGGACACGGCACCUUCGGAGGACCCGAGCCCCCCGGUGCGGGGCAGGGUGGCCCCUGGGCUCACACCCACACAGAGGGAGAGGUCGGCAUCGCUGCCACGGUGCAGGCCAGAGCUGGACCUCGGUCUGGAGCUGGGUUCCAGUGGAUGCCACCCCGCUUCCCUGUCCUCUGCUGCAGCCUCCGAGUCAGAGCCCUCGCCCGCCAGGCCCCGGGCACCCCCCGCCCUGCGGAAGCCCCUUGGGAAGCCACCGGGGGCGGUGACAUUCCGGGGACAGUACACAGGGACACGGUACCAGGCGGGGACACCACGUGCCACCCCGGCACCCCGAGAAGAGCCAGGCACCUCAGGGUGUCCCCAGUGUCACAGGGGCAGGAUGGCAUCAGCUGCAUUUGGGGGAGGUGAUACCCCCCGGCAGCCCCAGCACAGCACCCCCAGGAGAACAUCCUGCCCCACCUGCCGGGCACCCUCUGCAGCGGGCAGCAGGGACACAGCCACACACGCAGAGCAUGGCCCUGGUGGCUCCUGUCCCCCAGGAGCCGAGAAGCCGGAGCAACCCGGAAUUUGGUACUUGGCAGCCACCCCUGCUGCCACUGUCUGCCUGGCACCCGUCCCCCUCGUGCCUUACGUGCCCUCCAUGCUCUACUGCUCCCCAGCAGCUCCUACCUCAGCCCCAGCCCUGGCCGGGGUCCAUCUCGGUGUCCCUGCGGGGCCCCGGCAGGCAGAGCGUCCCCCCCGGCCCCAGGGCCACCACGGCUGCCUGAGCCUGGACCUGGAGGAGCUGGAGGAGCUGAACUGGUCCCUCAGCCAGGCUGUGGAGGCUGCCCAGAGCGUCAGGCUGACCACGAGCCGCAUGAGCCGGGCGCUGGCCGCCGAGCUGGGCCGGCCGCGGGGCCUGCGCGGCUCCUGCCUCUUCUGAGGGCCCCAUUGCCACCUCCAGCCUCUUCUGAGGGCCCCAUUGCCACCUGCAGCCUCUUCUGAGGGCCCCAUUGCCACCUGCAGCCUCUUCUGAGGGCCCCAUUGCCACCUCCUGCCUCUUCUGAGGGCCCCACUGGCACCUGCAGCCCCUCAGUGCCACCAGGAGCGGAGGAUGGGCCCCUCAGCGUCCCUGCACCGGCUGCUCCCUGCCAAACCUGGGGGCAGCAGGGCUGAGGUGCCUCCCGCGGGUCCUGCCCUGGCUCCCAGCCGGCUCCCGCUCUCCCUGCAGUCCCUGCAUGGCUUGUCCGUCUGUCUGUCCGUCUUCAAGACCCCCCCAGGCUGCAGGAGGGGGGGAGGCGUGGGCAGGAGUCUCCAGCAUUCCGCAGCACUGUCCCCUGGGACCAAUGGUGGCCCUGUGUCCCCUCAGGGCAGUGGCCACCGCACCCUGAGCACUUCUGGGGAUGCUCUGACCUCGCGUGGGUCGAGCCCCCUUGGCAGCUGUGUUUACCUCUGUGCCUGUGUGGGCAGAAAUACCUGGGAUCCCCUGGGAUCCCCUAUUCCACCCCUUCCCCAGCCUGCAGGCCUCCUCAGGAGCCUGUGCCCUCUGCCCUUGGACUUGAACCCAGCAGGAUCCUCCCUGGGGAAAUUUAUUUUUUGGUGGUUUUUAUGUGAAUUUUUUAGCUAGUAAGCAGCUAAAUCACUCUUUUGAGUGUUGAUUGAUGGUCUGUAAUGUGAGUGUGAUAUAUGUGUAUCUAUAAAUGGAUAUAUCUAGAUAUAGGCAUAUCUGUAUUUAGUUAUAUGUCUAGAUCUAGAGAGACAGAUAUAAAUAGAUCUGUGUAUGUACAGAUCAGUAUCUGAGUCUAUAGAUAUAUCUUUCUACAGAUACAUAUAUAUAAAUAUUCUGGUUUGCAUUUCCAGCACAACCCUUAGGACAUUUGUGGGGUUUUUCUGGUCAUCCCUGGAUGUGGCCACCCACAGCAUCAUCCAGGCAGAAAAUAAAAUGAAGGAUUUGAGGUUUUCCCCCUGGGAUCCUCAGGGAAGCUGGGCUGGUGGAGGAAAAGUCACCUGCUGAGACCAAAGCAGGUGUGGGGUCUGUGGAGCCCCUGUUCCUCCCUGGUUUCUAAGGGGUUAAUGCCUAUUUUUUAGGGAGAAGGAUGUGGUUGGGGCAGCUUUUCCUGGGAUGGGUCCACCCAAACCCCCUGCUCCCCCCAGCCCCUCAGCCUGUGUUUACCUGUAGGACCUACCUGAAGUGCCAGUGUCAAAUGUAUUUAUUUAUCUUUUAUUUGUUGUACAAAUACCCACAUUUGGAGGGGGGAUCAGUGAGGGACUCAGGUCUGGAGCCUUCCAAGCUCCUCCUGAGCCUGAUCUGAUAUGAGCCCAGAGGGGUUGGGAAUGGAGCUGUGCCCUGCUCCUUUUUUGGGGUAAGAGGGCUGGGUUUGGGGGAUUUUAAAGAGGUUUGGGGGAUUUUAAAGAGGUUUUAUUGUCUCUGGUUGCCUCUGCUCAUGCCCGUGCCCCAAGCUGGAAGCUGUGACUCCCCCAGCCCAGGCAGGGCGUGAUGGGAGCGUGUGGAAAGCGUGGGUAAUUAUCCCAAAUGCAGUAGCCAGGACCAAAUGAUGGGUUUUUUCCCCUAUCUCCUAUUUUUUAACGCCCAGCAGAGCCACUGGGGUGGUAUUUUGUACGAAGAAAUCACCUAUUUUUGAAGGAAAUAAACGCAGUUGGAUGA